AUGAACUUCUCGGAUGAUGUCUGGCUCUACGAGGAGCCUUGGAACAUAAGCACAGGAGAGAAAGAUGCCCAUAAACUUUUAUUUGGCAUUGGCGCGGAUAAUUUCAUCACGCUCAUCGUGUUUGGACUUAUCUUCACACUCGGAGUGCUGGGGAACUCUAUGGUCAUCACAGUUCUGGCCAAAAGCAAACCUGGAAAACCACGGAGUACUACGAACAUUUUCAUCCUCAACCUGAGCAUAGCCGACCUCUCCUACCUGCUCUUCUGCAUCCCCUUUCAAUCAACUAUUUACAUGAUGUCAACGUGGGUCCUCGGUGCGUUCAUAUGUAAAUUUAUACACUAUUUCUUCACCGUGUCAAUGCUUGUGAGCAUUUUUACGCUCUCUGCCAUGUCCGUGGACCGCUACAUUGCAAUCGUGCACUCCAGAAAGUCCUCAUCCAUCCGUGUGGCCAAACAUGCUUUUAUCGGAGUGGUGGUGAUUUGGAUACUGUCGUUGGCCAUGGCAGCACCUAUCAUGUAUUACCAGAACAUAUUCCAGAGAGGGGAGAACCACACGUACUGCUGGGAAGUGUGGCCGGACCAAAACCAAAAGAAGAUUUAUGUUGUGUGCACAUUUGUGUUUGGUUAUGUGUUACCUCUGCUCCUCAUCUCCUUCUGUUAUGCCAAGGUUUUAAAUCACCUACACAAAAAGCUGAGAAACAUGUCCAAAAAGUCAGAGGCAUCAAAGAAAAAGACAGCCCAGACGGUGCUGGUGGUGGUGAUAGUCUUCUGCAUCUCCUGGCUGCCUCAUCAUGUGGUGUACCUCUGGGUGGAGUUCGGCACCUUCCCCUUGAACCAGGCCUCCUUUGUGCUGCGUGUGGCCGCUCACUGUCUCGCCUACAGUAAUUCAUCAGUCAAUCCGGUCAUCUACGCCUUCCUGAGCGAGAACUUCAGGAAAGCGUACAAGCAAGUGUUCAAAUGCCAGAUCGAUUGUGUCGUGCUGUAUGACUGA